CCUUUAAUUUCUCCUGAAUCUCAGCUACAUUCCUGGAAAUCAAAAACUAGAAUUUCUGGUGUUCCAAUGGCUUCCGGAAAUGACCACUUUAGCAUUUCAGGACCCACAUUCCUAACCAGGAUUGACUGGACGAAUGCUCAUCACCGGAGAUCUGUGGCCGCCAGUUUAGUCAAGGGUGUUUACAUGUUGGAAGGCGACCGCCAGGACGGACGUCGAGGUCCCGAGUGUUUGGCUCUACCAUGGUCGGAAUUUUUCCAUUUCAGGUAUAUAGCCCCACUUACGGAAAGCGAUGAAUGUAUCUUCGGCGCCAUUUUUGAAUUUAAACCUUGGGAUUGUUCAUAUCAUUUUAAUAUUCAUGAAAGCCCUCGCUAUGUAAUCGCCUUCCGAGGCACGUUGAUCAAACUCGGCUCGCUUGCCAGAGAUAUUCAGUUGGAUAUUGACAUUAUCCGAAACGGGCUUUAUCGGACCAGUCGGUCCGCAAUCGCCAUUAAUACUGUUCGAGACACGGUAACUAAGGCGGGGAAUUCGAAAGUGUGGCUAACCGGUCAUUCACAAGGGGCGUCCAUCGCGAUGUUGGCCGGGAAAACGAUGGCAAAAUCUGGGAUGUUCUUGGAAUCAUUCCUCUUCAAUCCGCCUUACAUAUUGGCCCCGAUAGAGAGAAUCGGAGAUGAGACAUUGAAACACGGGAUCCGAUUUGCAGGAACGAUAAUCAAAGCCGGGGUGGCUUUUGCCAAUGCGAAGAAUGAUAAAAACAAGGAUUCAAAGACUGCAGUCGAAAACAAAGAUCCAUUUGCUGCAAUAUGUGGAUGGAUUCCGUGCUUGUUUGUGAAUCGAGAAGACCCCAUAUGUUCAGAAUAUAUAGGUUAUUUCGAGCACAGGAGAAAACUGGAAUCCUUUGGAUUUGGAGGCAAGUCCAUUGCGAGGCAAACGAGCCAAAGUUCACUGGGAAAUCUGGUUUUGAAUGCAGUUGGAGUGCAAGGUGUUGAAUCUUCUGAACCACUUCAUCUUCUUCCUUCCGCAAAUCUGACUGUGAAUUUAAGCUCUUGCCCUUCACAAGAUUUCAAGCAAGCUCAUGGGCUGUGCCAAUGGUGGAGGCCCGACCUCGACCUGAAAUGCGAUGUUUAUAAGUACAAUUAA